CCAAACAUUAAAACACAUUUUUAUACUUAACAAACACUUUCUAACAAAAAUUAUCCUUGAGGGAUUCAAACCUAAACAGUCUAGACGUGGUUUAGCAAGUAUAUAAUUUACUUAACUCCAAGUUUACAGGUUAAAGGACUCUUUAGGGAUCAUCUGUCCCAAAGUAAAGUUUUUCCUGCUUAUUAUGCUGCAUUAAGAAAUCUGACAACUUAGAAAGCAAUGCUUUAGCAUGGGUUCCUCAAAGGAACAGCAAUCUGUUAUUUCCACAUGCAUUCCUGAUAAGAUUACCACUGCGUUUCAGAAGUAUGAAAGUCUAACCCACCCCUUACAGCCCCCCUCAGAGCUGCUGUACUCCAUACAGGGAAUUAUAAAGAGCUUGCUUGUGAUCUGCCUCUUUUGGGCUCCCUCAAUGACUGAAGGCAGCAGGUUACUUAAUCAGUGUAUCAGCACUAUUUGAUUUGAUUGUUUCUGCCUCCAUGGACUGGUAACAACAUUUCUAGAACAAAACACUGCUGGAGAGAAGCUGUCUCAUUCCUAUAUUGCUCCUAUUAUUUUCUCUGUUAUUAUUUUCCCGCUCUCUCUUCAUUCUUUUCUCUUACUUUCUUGCACUCAACGGCUGAAUGGAUAAAGCUGGGAUGCCUGAGGCUUGCGGGCCCCUGGCAAGCCAUGAACAAAUCACCGAGGCAACAGCACCUAGUUCUAAACUCUUCCGCUGCAGCUGUGUGCGUCGAUGGGUUCCCCUGGCCUACAGAGAGGAGCUCUACCACGUCCUGCGCCUGUCGGGGCCCCUGCUCAUCUCCAGGAUCCUAAACUUCCUACUGCCAUUCGUCAUCACAAUAUUCUGUGGUCACCUAGGAAAUGCUGAAUUGGCUGGAUAUGCCUUGGCCUCUGCGACUAUUAAUGUGACCACAACAGCCACAGGAUGCGGUCUGGCCCUCGCAUGUGACACACUAGUCUCUCAGACAUUUGGCAGUAAGAACCUUAAGCGUGUGGGGGAGAUUCUCCAGAGAAGCAUUCUCAUCCUCUUACUCUUCUGCCUGCCAUGCUGGGCCAUACUCAUCAAUGCUGAGUCAAUUCUACUCACCCUGAAGCAAGAGCAGGAGGUGGCCAGGAUUGCACAGCUGUAUGUUAUGGCUUUCCUCCCUGCCGUUCCUGCCAUGUUUCUGCACCAUCUGCAGGUGUCUUAUCUGCAAAACCAGGGCAUCAUCCUGCCACAGAUGUACACAGCAGUUGCUGCCAACGUUUUAAAUUUAGCAACAAACUACAUCCUUCUUCACUCAAUGAAACUGGGAGUUAUGGGCUCUGCUGCAGCCAACAGUAUCUCACAGAUCUCCAUCUGCCUCUUGCUGUUUGCUUACAUACGCUGGAAAAAGCUGCAUGUGGAUACAUGGGGUGGCUGGUCUACUGCAGCACUGCAGGAGUGGGGCUCUUACAUGAAACUGGCUAUUCCCAGCACUCUCAUGCUCUGUUUUGAGUGGUGGGUCUAUGAGAUCGGAGGUUUCCUUGCAGGAAUGCUGGGGGAGGUGGAUCUUGCUGCUCAACAUGUGUUGCUGGAGGUGGGGGCCAUUACUUACAUGUUUCCAUUAGGUGUGCACGCGGCCGCUUGUGUGCGUGUGGGAAAUGCGCUGGGAGCUGGAGACACUAACAGGGCCCUGAUCACUAGUAAAGUGACUCUUAUGAUCUCAGGAGUUUUGGCUGUUUUACAGGGAAUCGUGAUGGGUUCCUCAAAGUCAGUAGUGGGAUACAUCUUCACUUCUGAUGAGAGCAUAGUGAAAAUUGUCUCGGAAAUUCUCACCCUGUACGUUUUCCUGCAGUUUUUUGAUGCUCUCGUGUGUGUGUGUUCAGGGAUUCUUCUGGGUGCCGGGAAGCAGAAGAUAGCAGCAUUGUCCAACUUGAUCUGUUACUACUGCAUUGGGUUACCAGUAGGAAUAUCACUGAUGUUUUUGGCCGAGCUCAGGAUACUUGGUCUGUGGCUUGGCCUCUUGAUUUGUGUCAUUAUUCAGACCUGUUUCUUCACCACUCUCAUCUUCAAGCUCAACUGGAAGAAAGUAACAGAGAAGGCUCAGAAACGUGCAGGGAAACAUGCAAAGGUAGUGUGUGUUCAAAAGGCACCAUCGAUAAGACAGUCAGUCUUUGAUACGCUCGUUUCUGAAGGGCAGAACAACGAUGAGCAAACACCUGAUACUGGAGCUUCAGCAAGUAUCCCUGAACCUUGGGAUGACAUAACUGGAAACAAACUAACAAGUAAUAGACCUGAAGUGGUCGGUUAUGUCCAAGUGAGCACCCAAGAGCAGAGUAAACUAGUGAUGGCGAGUGAAUAUGGAGAAACCCAACCUAAAACCUUGCUCUCUACGAACCAGCUUGUGCUCAGACGGGGACUUACGCUGUUGACCACUGUCCUGAUCCUGAUAGCUGGAGUCGCUGUGCACGUAGCUUGUCCUCUUCCAGAGCCUUUAAGUCCUCAUCAAAGCAAUCUAACAAUGGAUUCAAGAAUUUUUUCCACCUCUAACAUCUUCCACAACACCACAAUGAGCUAACUCUAACUUGAUCCAUCUUAACAUGGUCCCAUUUCAAUAAAUUGGAACCACGAGUGGGUCAAUCAGCCAAUACCACCAAAAUUUGUCAGUGUUAAGAGAAAAAAAAAAAUGCAUCUCUGCCAGCUUUUCCAUCCUACCACUAAUAACAACUGAAGGCUUACAAAAGAGCAUUUCUUUCGACAUACAUUGUACAGUACCAUGGACUUCUACAAAUUUGGGACACACUCCAAACCCAAAAGAAAAAUACAGCUAAGCGAGACUACUGAAAAGAGUAGUAAUUAUGUUCAGUAUAUGUUAUUUCAGUUCUUAGCAAACCAAAUUUUAAUUUUACACAUUUUUUAUAUAUCUGGUUAUAUGAAGCUAUUUAUAAGGUUGUAGUUUUCCUUGUAAAUGUAUUUAUCAUAACAAAGUAAAGCAUAAUAUUAUGUACUAGUGAAAUCAUUCUUUUUUAUUAAAAAUGUUAACAAGACAGAGUGCAAUAUA